AUGAGACCGAAAGUAAAUGGUCUAGUGCCGACGGAGCCUAAACAGAAACGGGAAGUAAAUAAUUCUAUUGGAACAAAACCUGAACAGUGUUACGCAAAUAAAUCUUCUAGUAAUGGCAGGGCAAAAGAAUCUUCGAAGUCUAACAUUUCGAAACAUCCUAUUUCUUUUGCAAUAUCCUUUAAAGAAACCGAUAAACUACUGCUGGCCAAAAAUGUCCAAGAGGCAUUGGAUGUAGUGCCUACACUCAGUGAGGAAGAACCAGUUCAAAUAAAAAUCACUCUUGAUGAAAAUCCGGCAGUAGUUGAUCGUCCUCAAGUUUUAUUGGAGAAAAAUAAAAAUGAUAAGGCAAAAAUAAAUGAAUUGGAUAACAAUCAUUCAACAUCCAAAGUUAACAGAUCAGAAACUGGCAAAGAAUGCGGAAGUUCUUUGUGA